AUGUCGGCUCGACAGCAUGCUAUCCCUUCUGGCCACGUUCACGCAUCUGGCGCAACUCCGCCACCUCAACAUGCUCGACAGCCUAGCUACUCCUCAGGACCUUACUCGGAUCGCGACACAUCGCCAGUGAGAGAUCAACAGGCUCUUCGAGAUGUCGACAGUCUAUACAACGCGAGGGCUGCUCCUUCGCCCGAUCCAUAUCGUGCUCCAUCGCCAUAUGAACCCAGUCUCAUCUAUCCUUCGCAACAAUCCCUGACCCCACUUGCACCAACAUCGUCACACUCGCCGCCGCGCUCACCCGAACGGUCUGCUCAGCGGAACGCUCCAGCUUGGGGAGUGGGCGUCGGUGCAGGUGCUGGUGCAGCGAAUGCGGCAUAUGGAGCGCGCAUGCCUGGCGCCUCUGAAUCAUACUACCACAAUGACGGAUAUGACGAGUUUGAUUUGAACAACAUCGCUGAUGACCCAGAUGAUGUUAUGGAUGCGCCGCGAUCGCGGCAAAGUCAUAUGGGGCCGACAGCAUAUGGUGGUGCAGGAGCUGGCGCUGGCGCUGGCAUCGGAGCUGGCAUGACGAGGGCAUUGGGCGGACAGAAUCCCAGCGGAAAUUACGGUCCUGUUGGAGGCGACGCAGAAAAGUCAGCGUUUGUGGCAGAUGCGGCAAAAAGCAAGAAGAGGAAGAGGUGGCUGAUCGGCUUCGUCAUCGCUGCUAUCAUUAUUGUUGGUGCCAUUGUUGGAGGUGUGGUUGGUGGAUUACUAUCAAGGAACGGCGGCAGCAGUUCCUCUGGCGGCUCGACUGGAUCUGGGGGCUCGCGGACUGGCGGCCUGUACGACAUCAACUCGAAGGAGGUCCAGAAGGUGCUCAACGACGAUCGUUUACACAAAGUCUUUCCAGCCAUGGAUUACACGCCCAAUUACGCUCAGUAUCCCCAAUGCUUGUCCAAGGGCGGCGGACCUCUACAGAACAACGUCACCAUCGAUGUUGCAAUCAUGUCGCAGCUAACACCAGCCGUCCGGCUCUACGGAACCGAUUGUAACCAGACCGAGCUCGUCUUGGAAGCCAUUGAUCGCCUGGAGAUGCAUGAUACAAUGAAGGUCUGGUUGGGCGUGUAUCUCGAUGCCAAUCAGACGACGAACGCUCGGCAGAUCCAGCAUAUGUACGAUCUUCUUGACAAGUACGAUCACGAUCGCUUUGUUGGUGUCAUUGUAGGGAAUGAAGUACUCUUCGCCGAGUCGAUCACUGCACAGCAGCUCGGCGUCCAGCUGGAUGGCAUCAGGAGUAAUUUCUCAUCCAAAGGCAUCAACCUCCCAGUCUCGACAGCAGAUUUGGGUGACAAUUGGGACGCUGCGUUGGCCCAGGCAUCGGAUAUCAUAAUGGCCAACAUCCACCCGUUCUUCGCCGGUACUGUGGCGGAAGAUGCUGCUGGCUGGGCAUGGUCUUUCUGGCAGAACAAAGACAUGCCACUAACCACCUCGAAGACUGGCACCAUCGGCAGUCUGACUUACCCGAAGCAAAUCAUCUCCGAGAUUGGUUGGCCCACUGAGGGAGGCAAUGACUGUGGUGAUGCCAACGACCCUGCGUACGGCUGUACGAGCAACACCGAUGGCGCAGUGGCUAGCCUCGAUAACCUCAACACCUUCAUAGGUGACUGGGUGUGUGGCGCGCUGAACAACGGAACAACAUUCUUCUGGUUCGAGGCUUUUGAUGAACCAUGGAAACAUCAGUUCGACACGGCACACAACAAGUGGGAACCGUACUGGGGACUAUUCGACGUCGACCGCAAUCUCAAGGAUGGCGUCAAGAUCCCCGACUGCGGCAAGACCGUGGACAAGCCAUACUAG